GAGCUGUGUUUCGGGAGCCGAAUUUCCUGUUUAAACAUUCCUGCUGGAAAUAUGUGUGAGUGAGCACAAGGCGGCGAGAAGUGUCAUAAAUGCGGGAUGCACUGCGUUCCCAGAAAAACAAAUACGCUUCUUAGGAAAAAAUGCCAGUGAUGCCGUGCUCCUUUUGCUGGAAAGCAGCUAAAAUACCCCAAGCCACCCUGAAAUGAUGCAUCUGCAAGAGAUUCCUAUCUGCUUGGAAUGGGAGUCUGGCUGUAUCCCCGCUCCUCACCGCGGGCCCGUUCUCCUCCCUCCCCCCAGAUCACUUUCUACGAAGGCAAAUGCUUCACAGGCAGGAAGCUGGACCUCUGCGGCAGCUGCAGCAGCUUCCAGGACCAAGGUUUCCUCAACCGGGUCAACUCCAUCUGCGUCCAGAGUGGAGCCUGGGUCUGCUUUGACCACCCCGACUUCCGAGGGCAGCAGUACAUCCUGGAGCACGGCGAGUAUCCCGAUUUCUACCGCUGGAAUGGACGCAGUGACCACCUGGGCUCCUGCCGGCCCGUCGGGAUGCACGGCGAGCAUUACAGGAUCGAAAUAUUCGAGGGGAGCCAUUUUAGGGGUCCCAGCCUGGAGCUGACAGAAGACUGCUCCUUCCUGCAGGGACAAGGCUGGGACAAGACCUGCAUCAAUGCCCUCAAAGUGUACGGUGACGGCGCGUGGGUGCUGUACGAGGAGCCCAACUACCGAGGCCGCAUGUACGUGGUGGAGCGCGGCGAGUUCAGCAGCUUCAAUGCGUGGCAGGCGCGCAGCGCCAGCGUCCAGUCCAUCAGGAGAGUUGUCAACUACUUCUAGCUGAGCUUUCACCCUGCCAGCCAUGGCCCGCUGAGACUGAGCAUCACCCUCCUCCCCACUCACUGACCCCUGGAAU